CGUAACCUUAACUACUAGUUCGUUGGUGGCCCCGAUUGUUCUGGACGCCUGCAGGUAUCUACUUGAUCUUCGAGGGACAAGCCUCUUUGGAAUGGGUUGUUGAAUCAUCUGUUCCUCUCUAGAAUGACGUCGCGCCUGGUCCUGGUCAUUGGUGACCUUUUUAUCCCUGAUAGAGCUCCGGAUCUUCCGGCCAAGUUCCGGAAACUCUUAACACCGGGGAAGAUCGGCCAAAUCCUUUGCCUAGGCAAUCUGACCGACCGAAGCACAUUUGAACUGCUUCGCGGUGUCGCCCCCGAUCUGCAAUUAGUCAAGGGGGAUUUCGAUGUCGACUCUCCCAAUCUACCCCUCUCGAAAGUGGUAACCCACGGAAGCCUCCGCAUCGGUUUUACACAUGGCCACACCAUCAUCCCGCCGGGCGACGCCGAUGCCCUGCUUAUCGCCGCUCGCCAGAUGGACGUAGAUAUCUUGCUAUGGGGUGGCACGCACCGUUUCGAAGCUUUUGAAAUGGAGGGGAGAUUCUUUAUCAAUCCGGGAAGCGCAACAGGUGCCUUGAGUACGGGGUAUUGGCCUGAAGGAGAGGACCCAACGCCUAGUUUUUGUUUGAUGGAUAUCCAAGGUGACGUACUUGUGUUGUAUGUCUACCAGCUCAAGAAGGACGCCGAUGGUGCCGAAACCGUUGCGGUCGAGAAGGUGUCAUUCCGCAAGAACAACCCUCAAUAAUGAGUUGACGUUUCGUAAUAAUUGCUUGUAUAUAUGCCAUAGAAACAGCCACGAUUAUGACCUCCUAAUUCUACGUGACUCACACUUACCUGGCAUUCCGCAACACGGCAGCGUCUUGAAUCUGUUGUUGAUGGAUGUAUUGUAUGGUUCUCUCCAUUCCUUUCUGAACUGGAUGGACUCGUGUGUUUCUUUCUUAAUGUACGGGGAAUUCGGAUGAAGUAUUGAUUUAUAAUAAUUGAUUUCUUUGAUGCUUCUA